AUGUGGAGAUCUAUGGUUGUACUGUCGGUGAUAGCAGGCCUAGCCGCAGGCUCCUCACUACAGCGAGGACCUCGGGAGAAGAAAACUGGCUUCGCACCAGGGCUCGCCACCAUAGUGGGUACUUUGGGAUUGCUGAAGAUCAAGGCCAUCUUCGUGUCUCUGAUCGUGUUUGCUGUGGCGGCAGUGUUCUCGCGGCUGCUAGGUGGUGGUUGCUCUGUAGGCGGAGAUCUCGGGUGCGGGGCCGCGGCGCUACUGCCUACAGCUCACUCGAACGUCGGGAGCUACAGCUACGACACGUACAGCGGGAGCGGGACAGGCUCAGGAGGCUACAACUACUACAACCACAGAAGAUCUGCUAGAGGAUGGGACAUCUUGGACUUGAGCCUGGAAGUACGGGACUGCAGUCUGAGGAUUGUAAGAAGAAGUUCAUCUGCUUAACCGACAACGAGGCCUUGGAAAAUCCUUUCCUACAACUCCUUAUGGCGACCUUUGGGACCAGCCUCGACAAGUACCGGGAGAGCAAUGGCAAAUGGUCUGAAACAACGGAACCUCGAGAUUGUGACAAACUCUUUCCAUCUUGCAUCAAGGCACUGUCCAAAGAUAAUAUGCCUGUCUCACACGACAAGCCAACUGACAAGCUCCCAAGACGGGAUAAUGAUAUAAACAUUCAUCGAUGAAUCCUGCUAGUCUUCAACUGUUAUUCAUUUUUGUUAAUUUUUACUCUUUUAGUUUACCACAUACCAAGUUUUUGUUUAAAAUUGUUGAGGACCUGCACUUAAAAAAUAAAAUGGUUUUUAGUCCU